UAGAAGGUGGCUUUUGUGUGCAGCCUAGAGACCGGGUUUCAAAUGCCAGCAGGAGCAUCUUCAGGCUCAUUAAUAAUGGAGGCGUCUGACAGGGGCAGCUUCGCUUGCUUUGUUUCCACUGUAGAUGAAAGGGGACAUGGAUCUUUCUGUUUUGCCCAAUAACAACCAUCCUGACAAAUUCCUGCAGCUUGACGUGAAGUCUUUAAUGAGGAACUCAACCCUUCUGCAGGCUAGCCUCGCGAGAUUUCCGGGUGGGAAUUUUCCUGCUACACAACACUGGCAAAACCUUGUCUACUCCCAGAACCCCGAGGCUUCUCAGAGGAAAUCUGUGAGCUGGAGUGAAAAGCCAGUGGGAGAAAAGAACAUGGCUUCUCAGGGAGCUAAGGGAUUUGGCGGGGAGAACCCAGUCCUUCCUGACAAUCCUCCACCGUCCAUGUCUCCAGUCAUGAAGAAUAACCCGUUAUAUGGUGACAUGAGCAUGGAAGAAGCUAUGGAAGAGAGAAAAAAGAAUCCUUCCUGGACCGUUGAGGAAUAUGACAAGCACUCUGCGCACACAAAUCUCUCUGGACAGCUGAAGGAAAACCCCAACGACCUGCGCUUUUGGCUGGGGGAUAUGUACACUCCAGGCUUUGACACUCUGUUGAAAAAGAAGAAGAAGCGCAACAAGCAAUCAAAAUUAUGUCACAUGGGUAUGAUCUUACUCGUUGUGGCCUCCAUCUUGGUUACCGUAGUGACUCUGAGCGCCUUGUUUGCCUAAGGAAGUUGCAAAUCCUUCUUUCAAGCUUUAAAACGCCUUCUGAGUACUUACAGGAAAAUCUGUCUGUGCAUUGUGAAUGUAUGCGUCCGCCUUGCUAGCUGUGUGGCUUAAAACCCUUGUCCUUUAGAGUGUGGUCAUUGCUUGUGGUAUGCUGGCCCCUCUGCUCUGUUCUGUGAAACCUGCGUGUGAUUCCUGGUUGGUCUGGGUUUUCUCCUUUGUGAAGCAGAUAUUCCGGAGGAUCAGAAAACCAAAAGUCACAUACAUGCAACCACAAUCAAGCUUUAUGAUAGAGAGCAGAGCAUCAGGCGCUGACGGCCUCUUGCCUCAGUGCUCAUCAUGCUCAUCCGGUUUAUACCACACCACUCCCACCUCCUCUGGGCACUGCGGAAGCUCCAGCCAACCUGGUCCGCUGCUAGGGAAACUGGAAGACUUCUCCUGAGCCCAGGUCAAUUUAGACCUGCUUUACCCUCCUUGAUCUCCAUUUGUGUUACGGA